AUGGACUCCGCAGGAAGAAAGCGCGCCACCGACACAGUCCAGCGUCUCCUCCGAACAUGGCUUUCGCUGAAUAACGUCCUGAUUUUGUCGUCCUCGGCCAUUGUUACGGGCAUUUUGGCUCACUUCAUCCGCAAAUUCCAUGAGCGCGGCACGCACGUCAUCUUUCAGGAGGUUAUCGCCGUGGUAACCCUCUUCCUCUACCUCUUCGCCGUGUUCGCUCCAGCCCUCAAGGGCUAUCGCGGCUACCUCCUGCCGCUCAACCUCGCCCUCUCCUAUCUGUGGCUGACCAACCUCAUCUUUUCUUCCCAAGACUACAGCGGCCACAGGUGCCACUACCACAGCCCUGCGUACAUAGGGCACUGUCGCUUGAAGCAUGCGGUGCAGGCUUUUAAUAUUGUGGGAUUCACUUCCCUCCUUUCAUCCGUCGUGGCCGAGAGUCUGAUGUGGUUCCGCUCCCGUCGGUCCUCUCCCGGUACCACCGGUAGCCGACUUGGCGAUGGAGAAAAGGGUUCAGCGCCGUUGACAUCUAAUCCUGGGGCUACAACAGGUGCUCCGAAUGCGACUAACGCGACGAACGGGACUCGUGUCUAAAUUCGCAUCGUCCCGGGCGUGCGCGACGAGCUUUCGUGCUGCUGCCGAAACUUGUUGUGCUGCCGAAUGACGCCUGGCUACUUUUCCUUGAGAGGGGUGAGGCUCUAGACUGUAGCGAUGGGAUAUUGGUUGAUGCGAGGUGGAUCGUUGGAACAGUGGUUACGACACCGAGCCGGUGGUAAAGAGAGUGAAGAUUUCGGGGAAGAAUUCGGAGAAGGAUUCGUUGUUGACAAGUGUUUCAUUGAUCGUGUCCAGUCGACGUUGUCUUUCGAGUGUGUGCGAUGCGAAGGCAUGCGUUGAACAACGCGGAGGACUUAAUACCGGGGGGGUAGUGGCGAGUGUGAAAGGGCUGUUUCUUUUCUCUCGG